AUGGAGGCGUUGGGGGCGCUGGGGGCGGGGGCGGCGCUGCUGCUGGGGCUCUACGCGCUGCUCUACUACUACUUGGGGGCCGCCACCUGGUGCAGGAACGCGGUCAGCCUGCGGGGCAAGACGGUGCUCAUCACAGGUGGAAAUGCAGGGAUUGGGAAGGCCACCGCGGUGGAUCUGGCCCGGAGAGGCGCCCGUGUUGUUCUGGCAUGCCGCGACAAAGCGAGGGGAGAAUCGGCCGUGUACGACAUCAGACGGGAAAGUGGGAACUCGGAGGUGAUCCUGAUGAUCCUGGAUCUGGGCAGCCUGAACUCCGUCCGAGCUUUUGCGCAGAGCUUCUUAGAAUCGGAGCCCCGUCUGGACAUCCUCAUCAACAACGCAGGGGUCCUUAAGGAUGGCCAAACCUCCGAUGGCUUUGACCGGGCCUUCCAGGUCAACCACUUGGGCCAUUUCCUGCUGACCCACCUGCUCCUGGACCGGCUGAAGCGCUGCGCCCCGAGCAGGAUCGUAAUUCUGUCCUCGAGGGCACACAUGUAUGGGAAGAUCGACUUUCGGACCAUCCACAAGCCAAUGGAGGGAAUGUGGGAAGCUCUACGUUCAUACGCCAACAGCAAACUAGCCAAUAUGCUCCACAUGAGAGAGUUGGUCAACCAGUUGGAGGGAACCAACGUCACCUGCUACGCGGUUCAUCCAGGAAUUGUUAAAACCGAAAUUGCUCGCUCCUAUCCCUGGUGGUCACUUUGGUUGGUUUGGUUCGUGAGGCUGUUCAUCCGAAAUUGCGAAGCUGGGGCUCAGACCUCCAUCUACUGCGCCACCGAGGAGGGCAUCGAGAGGCUGAGCGGGCGGUAUUUCGUGGACUGCCAGCCGAAGGUGCCCAGUCCACCGGCCUGUGAUGACCAACUGGCUAAGAAGCUGUGGGAAUUCAGCGAGAGGCUGUUGGGACUGACCAGCUAAAUAUUUCCACUUUAAAUUUGACCGCUUAAUUUUUCUGAGGUGAAGGCAGGGAAAAACCACAUGGAAAAGCACACUCAAAAUCACACAAAAAUCACAUCAGAUACCUCUACAGUUAGCACAGGGCUGAAUGCUCUCUCCAUUGCUCUUCUCAAGCAAGAAUCCAAAGAAUAAAUAAUCUUAAUCUUACUGUGGUUGGCAGAAAGCCCAGAAGCAAUUUGCAGAGAACUAAAACCAAGGCACGGAGAGUGAACGAAGUUGUUCCCUGCAAAUUGCUUCAGUCGUCGUCCUUCCUUAAAUAGGCUAAGGGAGUCGCCAAUUAGCCCCAAGCCUUACUCUUGAGGAGACCUCCCCCUGAGGAGCCACUCCUGCCUUUUGGCAGCUCUGUGCGCCCGUGCAUCGAGAAGAGGCUGCUCCUCUUCUUCCUCUUCACCCGUGGAAGCUUCUGGAGGUUCUGAAGGCCCUGGCUGAAUCUCCACCUCUGGCACCACACCUUCUCCAGCCUCCUCAUUGUCCGACUCGACUGCCAGCUGCACAGGCUGCUGGCACAGCACCACACCAGCCUCCUCGCUGUCGGAAUCAGCCACCAGCCACAGGCCGUGUACGGGCCACAACAGGAAGUGACCAUGACCGCCACCUGCUCUCUUCAAGUCGCGAGCCCAGGAGAACCCCCCGAUUACGCACAGGGUCUGUUUGGGGCAGUGCCACCCCUUCCAAGACCAAAGGCGGCAAUUCUCCCUGGGCCAUAACCCCCAAACCCAGAGCCACUCGGUCUCGCAAAGGUUCUGUUUACGACGGUUGCAGUGGGCAGGGUCACGUGAUCAACAUUUGAGAUUUUCCCACCAGGCUUCCUACAAGCAGAGUUGAAGGGAGAAGCCGGAUUUGCCUAAUGACUGCACGAUUCGCUUAAUGGCUGCAGUGAUUCGCUUAACAACCGUGGGAAAAAGGUUGUAAAACGAGACACAACUUAGCAACAGAAAUUCUGGUCUCAAUUGUGGUACGGUAAGCUGAGAGAUCAAACUGCAGGGAAGAGCUGAGACAAACCUUUAAGGGUAAAAAGGUUAAAAAGUGGAAAUCCGGAAGAAUUUUACUAUAAGGUUCUUAAAAUGGAUUCAACAUCUCCAUGUAUAAUACACGAGGGGAAUAAAGAAAAGCAAAAUCAACAAGAGAUUGAAAUUCAGGCUAAGCAGAUGAAGGUGGAGGUAAUGGAAAAACAACAAGUUACAGAGGCCUUUUUGGAUGAGCCACUUUUGGAUUCUCCUUCAGAGGUUAUAGUUGGAUUACCUAUAAAUACAAGAGGCGGCUUUGGAUUCUAAUGUGAUGAUUUAUCAAGUUACAGACCAACAUGGAAAUCAAUCAGCUGAUAUAAAAGUCCUAGAAAGGCAACCAGUAUGGAGAUCUAAGCCACAAGUUAAGAAAAGAAGAAGCAGGUUCUACAAAACUAAAAAAAUUUAGACUAAACAACAGUCUAAUGCCAGUUACUUAAGAGACGAUUAAAUAUAUGAAAAUAUAGUUGAGGCAAAGUAUUGGUUUAUACUAUUUUGAGGAGAGUGACAGAUCUCUGCAGUGCUGUGCUUUUGGGAUGUGGAAGAUGGCCUUUAAUUGAGUGGAUCGGAACUUUCUAUUUUGGACUCUGACAAAUGGAUUAUGUUUAUGUUGAGCUACAAGGCAAGAGAAUUAUGGGAUUGGGGCAUGCAGAAGAUCUGGUGGUUACCCUAACACGGUGGUUGGAAUUAAUAAUCUAGAUGAAAGACAUUACAGAAGACAUUAUAUGGAAUAUAAAUAUAAAGUCACUCGGGUGGUUUUUUAUAUAUGAAAAUAUUUAUUAUUGAUGGGGGCAGAUGGUAAUUGAAGAUACCAAAUAUACUGUUGGAACUAGAAUGUGAUGUUACCCUAACAUGGGUGAUCGAAUUAACAAUCCAGUUGAAAGACAUUAUAGAAGAUAUCAUAUGGAAUACAAGCUUAAAGUCAUUUGAGGAUUUUAUUUACAUAUAGAAAUAUUUUUUUAGUGGUGUGGGCAGAAGAACAAAAAUAUUAAAAAUAUUAUGUAUGGUAGACCUGUAGGAAAAUGGGUGGAGCUGGGUUAGUUUACUGAUUGUUUAGUUUAGGAAAAGGGAUGUUAUGUUAUACUAAUAUACGUAAAAGACUUGAAUUAAGAGAUAUAUGUAUGGGGGAAGAGGAAAUGGGUAGAUUAUGAGUUGAAAUUGCCAAAUUAGGAUUUAUUAUAUAAUUUUACAGCUGAAAGUCGUUCUGAAAUGUAUAGCAUAGGGGGGAUAUAAUAAUAUUGUUAGAAAGAAAGGGUCAGUAUAUGGGGGGUGGAGUAAAAGGAUGGUAAAGUAUUAUAUAAUCUGUUAUUAAUUUGGGUUUUAUUUUGGAGAAGCCA